AUGGAGGACGAGAUUCCCAAGGCAGAUCCUUCCGGUGUCGGCGCGGAGUACGACGGCAGUGGCGUCGGAGUGGUUGCGCGCUCCGUGCAGGGGACGACCUUGAGCGGCGGUUUGCGUCCGAAGAAGGCCUCGAACGGCGACAUCCAGGCCGGGUUGGCCGACGUCGCGGAACGGUUGAAGCAGCCGGAGGCCCAGAUCGCCGAUGCAAGCCACAGCCGGUGUCCGUUGGCGUCCAUACCGGGGAUAGAGGCGAGGUCGAAGUGGCCCAUGGAGAGGACGUGGCGGCGGGCGGCGUGGCCCCCCUUCAUGGCUCGCCAGAUGGCGCUUUCCACGACCGCAUUCUGCUUCGGGGUGUCGGGCGCGGUGUACUCGCGCCGGAUGCCAGCGGCGUCGCAGAACGCGACGAAGGCAGCACUCAGAGAUCUAGAGAGAGGCCUUUUGAGGAUCUCGCAGCAAAGGUUUGCAGAAGAGUUGGCUGCAGAGUACGGCGUUGAGUGGGGGAAGAGUGUGCCCUUGCCUGUGAGCGUGAAGCUCACCGACUUUGACGAAAACGAAGCGUGUGCUGAUGUCCCGUUUCGCGAGUUGGUAGGAUCUCUGAUGUGGUUGGCCACUCAAACCAGGCCGGACAUCGCGAAUGCAGUACGAGCAGUAGCGCGGUAUUGCGCGUCUCCCAAGAUGGUGCACUGGAAGGCAGCACUUGGUAUUUUAGGGUACGUGCGUAGGACGAGUUGGAUGGGGAUUACAUUUGAGAGGGGAGUGGUCACUGGCAUGAGCAUGCAGGUGUUUGUGGAUGCCGACUAUGCAAGCAAGGGAGCAGACUGUAGGUCGGUCUCAGGAGGACUAGUGAUGUGUGGUGGUGGGUGUGUGACUUGGUUUUCGAGGACGCAGAAGUGCGUUACGCUCUCCACAACGGAAGCAGAGUAUGUGGCAUUUGCCGACGUCUUGAAGGAAGUGCUUUUCUUGAGGCAGGUUUGGCGUUUUAUGUUGCCAGAUACAGGUAUGCCGUGCAUUCCGGUCUUCGAGGAUAAUCAGGGAGCGAUUCAGAUUGCGCACAACCCGAUCACGAACUCAAACUCGAAGCACAUCGAUGUACGGCAUCACUUUAUCAGGGAACUGGUAGAGAGGAAGGAGAUUUCGAUUACGCAUGUGACGUCGGAGUUUCAGCAUGCAGAUUUCUUGACGAAGGCUAUCAGCAAGGAAUCUUUUGCGUUGCACAGAGACUUUGCAUGA